CAAGGCUCCGGGGAACCGCAGCAGCUCCCGAGGCAGGAGGCGCUUGGUGAUAGGUCCUCCUCCGCCGGCCCCGCAGGUCCCGGAGCCCAGUGCUGUUACAGCCCUGCAGAGCGCAAAGCUGUCAGCUGCAGAGCCCGGAGGACGAGGGAGAGAACGAAACAGCUCCUCUUCCCGGGUGUGCGGGUGUGCGAGCUGGAGGCUGCCGAGAAGCCCGGCGGCGGAGGACCCGAGCUCUUCGGCCAGGGAUUUGAGGAGACCGAAGAGGCGGACGACAGGCUGAUGGGCUCAGUUGGUAGGCUGCAUUAUCUCACCAUGACUGCCGAAAACCCGACGCCUGGAGACCUGGCUCUGGCUCCUCUUGUCACUUGCAAACUCUGCCUGUGUGAACAGUCUUUGGACAAGAUGACCACACUCCAGGAAUGCCAGUGCAUCUUUUGCACAGCUUGCCUGAAACAGUACAUGCAGCUGGCAAUCCGAGACGGAUGUGGGUCUCCCAUCACUUGCCCUGACAUGGUGUGCCUAAACCACGGGAUCCUGCAGGAAGCUGAGAUUGCCUGUUUGGUACCUGUGGAUCAAUUUCAGCUUUAUCAGCGGUUAAAAUUUGAACGAGAAGUUCACCUGGACCCCUACCGAACGUGGUGCCCCGUCGCAGACUGUCAGACGGUGUGCCCCGUUGUGUCAGGUGACCCAGGACAGCCUGUGCUGGUGGAGUGCCCUUCCUGCCACCUGAAGUUCUGCUCAUGUUGCAAGGAUGCUUGGCACGCCGAGGUCUCCUGUAGAGACAGUCAGCCUAUCGUCUUGCCAACAGAGCACGGGGCCCUUGUUGGGACAGAUGCAGACGCCCCCAUUAAGCAGUGCCCAUUUUGCCGGGUUUAUAUCGAACGCAACGAAGGCUGUGCUCAGAUGAUGUGCAAGAACUGCAAGCACACGUUUUGCUGGUACUGUCUGCAGAACCUGGAUAACGACAUUUUCCUCAGACAUUACGACAAAGGGCCAUGUCGGAAUAAGCUUGGCCACUCAAGAGCCUCAGUGAUAUGGAACCGAACACAGGUGGUUGGGAUUCUUGUGGGGUUGGGCAUCAUUGCCUUGGUGACUUCACCCUUGCUACUCCUGGCCUCCCCCUGUAUAAUCUGUUGUGUCUGCAAGUGCUGCCGGGGCAAGAAGAAAAAGCAUGACCCAUCCACAACCUAAAGAUCUCUGUUUGUGUCCGCGUGCCACGUAGCACAGUGAUAAAGCCCCAAUUGGUGAACUCGCCUCCUUUUUCUUGCCAAAUUUUGGAAGUGCCUCUGUGUCCAGACUUUGAACUUGCCUGCCCACCUGUGGCGCCAGAAAAGGCCAAGCACUGGUGUGUGUGUUCCUGUGUAAAGAGAAUCAGGUUCUGCAGUCCAGGUUGUAUCUGUGGAGCAUGUCAGAAGCUUCAGGUUCUUGGGAAGGAACUAACACAGCAUCAUUUUAUCACCUAAAGGAUCCCGCGGGACUGUUCAACUUCCAGCCAAAUUCAAGGAGCCUGAGUGAACAAUUCAGUAUAAUAAAGGUGUUGUCACGGUUGGCAACAUACAUGAUAAUUGAGAAGCUAGAGUCUGUUCUGUGUUGAUCUGACUACCAAGGGAAACAUGGGGGGAAACCCAUGGAUGAGACCAUUUCAGGGGAAAUUCUCGUCAGAGUGAUAAAGCAGGCUGCUUAUCGCAGGAGGUGAUAAGGUGGCUCUGCCUCUGCCAGCUCCUGGGCGUGCUUUCCCAGCAUUCCCACAGUCACUUGGCAGAAGCACAAUAGGUUUCUCCCUGUGUGAUCUCAGCUUCAAGCAGGAGAAACUGCUGUGCAGAGGAAGUUGUCCCUUCCCAGUAAAAGGGUUUCAGCCUAUAAAACAAUAUGGUCUAAUUUAGUCUCUCUUUCUUGGCAAGUAUAACUUUUUUAAGGUGAUAAACUCUUCUCAGAGAGCCAGUGGCUGCUGUCUACAAGCUUGUUUUACAUGAAGUAUUUGGGUGGAGUGGCAGAGGUUCAAAACCUGCAUCAUAGAUAGCAGGGCCCUUUCUUGAGCGCUGUGUUCAUACACCCCAAAAUUUACAAUUAGACCUAAAAGUACACACCAAGAAUGAGUAGUAAAGUCCAUAUGUAUAUCUAGAACCCAUAUAACUUGCUGCCCACCUAGAAUUUCUGUCCACUGGGUGUGCCUGGAUAGAUACAUAAAAUAAUAGUGUGUAUUAUUACACACACAAUAGUAAAACACACAAAUGUUUAUGUAAAAGCCAUUCUGUAUUUUCUUCUGUGACUAAUAUUGUUUAAUAUAAAGCAACCUAAAGGUUUUUUGCAUAUUA